AUGGAAGAAAGCCAUAAACUCAGAAGAAAAUCAAACUGGAGUAAUGAGGAGCCCUUGGCCCUCACUACUCUUGUUGAAGAAUACAAGGAUGUCGUGAGAGGACUGAAGAAGAAGAUUGUGGCAGCCUCAAAACAGAAGGACUGUGGGAAACUCUCCAAGUGGACGAAGAGUUUAACAAACCAAUUGGUACCGUAUAAGUUUUACAUUAUACUGGGUUGCCGCUUCAACACCCGACGGAAAUGGUGGAGUGAUGUGGGCAAAAUGCGAGUCUGUGGACAACCACAUUCACAACGUACCAAGGAGAGUGAGAAAAUGAGCAACAUCACAUUGUCAAGCCAAAUGAAGGAUAUACCCAAGCUAUCGCCAUUGUUUCAAACUUUCCAAAUUGAGGCUUUUCACAGCACAAUUAAUCACUUUGCCCCAAAGAUGAUAGCUUUUUCUUAUCAUGGAAUGUAUUACUAUGCAUCAGUCCUGAUGAAAGAGACUUAUUUGGCCUUUCAAGAGUCAUCAGAACCAUUACCAUGCUCAUUGCCAGCUCAACCACCUCCACUGUGCAGUGAAUUUUUCCAUCCUGACAAAGAAGAAGCGGUUCUACAUUUUAGAUCAAGGUUCAGUCGGAAGGAGACAUCCGUGUGA